GAUGUCGUGACAACCCCCGUAGGCCUCCAGCUCCACAGGAUAACCCUGGUGCUUCCGUGCGUUAAGGACUGCAAGAAGGAAAUGCGUAAGCACGGUCACUACACGACUGCCUUUCCCACACAGCUGUGAGCCCAGCAGCUCCUUGGUUGCCACACCAGCAUGGAGACCUCCAGGAACGGACGGCUGUCACCCCGGCUCGUGCUCUGCUGUGCCUUCUGGGGACUCUGCCUGGCCUUUCCAGACUACGAUGAUUACUCUCAGAACGCCACCAACGAGCAGGUAACGACACCAGAGAUCGCGCCGUGUCCCCGAGCCAUCCCAGGGGAAAAGACAACGAUAAACAACAUCACGUACCUGUUGAUACACAAGGCCACCCGCUCUCAGCUGAACAGCGUGGUCACCGUGCGGCUCAUCCCCUGCCUCUACACCCUCGUCUUCCUCGUGGGGCUGCCUUCAAACGGGCUGGCCCUGUGGGUCCUGGCUACCAGGGCCGAGAAGCUGACCUCCACUGUCUUCCUGAUGAACUUGGCUGCAGCAGACCUGCUGCUCAUCUUGGUGCUGCCCUUCAAGAUUUUCUACUAUUUCCUGGGGAACAACUGGCCCUUUGGGGAAGGCCUGUGCCGGGUCACCACGGCUUUCUUCUACGGGAACAUGUACUGCUCAGUGCUGCUGCUCACGUGCAUCAGUGUCGACCGGUAUCUGGCUGUGGUGCAUCCUUUCUUCUCCCGUUCUUUCCGCACCCCUGCCUUUGCUGCCUGUACCUGCACUGCCAUCUGGCUCUGCGCUGCUGUCCUCAUCCUGCCCCUGACUCUGCAGCAGCAGUCGUAUCCCCUGUACGGAGCAGAAACCACUCUGUGCCACGACGUUCUCCCCAGGCACGAGGACGACGGGUAUUAUUUCUACUAUUUCAUCUGCCUCAUUGCCUGCGCUUUCCUUGCUCCUCUGGUGGUGAUGCUGUUCAGCUACUGCUCAGUACUGCGAGCCCUCCUGGACAACGGCAAGCGGUACUCCUACUCCAUGAAGCUCACAGCUCUCGUGCUGUUCACACUCGUGGCCUUCUACACCCCCAGCAACGUUCUUCUCCUCGUUCAUUACUCCAGCUAUCACUCCAAGCUGUACGGUAACCUGUACAUCAGCUACAUGGUGAGCCUGGCCGUCAGCACCUUUAACAGCUGCGCUGACCCCUUCGUCUACUACUAUGUUUCUGAAGAUUUCCGGGAUAAGGUGAGGAGGAGAUUCUUCAAUCACAGCAAAAAAACCACCACGUCCUUAAAAACCUCCAAAGAAACUCUUCCUCAGAAAAGCUCCAAGGAUUUGCUGGUAUAAGCCUCCAGCCCAGCUCCCAAGGUGCUCACACCAUACAGUGGGGAUAAAACAAGGACAGUGAGUGCUGGGAUUUCACAGCUUUCAUCCAGAACAGCAAGCAGUACGUCCCAGUAGGCAAGUCCUGGUAAGGAAGAGCCACGUUCUUCUGUCUGCAUGGCUGAGACCAAAUAAACCUGGGUCACAGCGCUCCUUGAAAAGUGUGGAGUCCUGAACUGGAAUAGAUCUGUUACUGGGACACUGCAUGCAACUUCUCAUCUCGUCUGAUAGUGCCAGGGAUGCUUUUGCACCUCAGUCUGCUUCUCCUAAUACCCGUUGCAAGCUGGUUGCUAUCUGCUUUCUAUUUCCUUUUCUGCUACUGGCUUUCUCGCUGUCUUUGAACACUCAGUCCUUUUACCUAAAACUGAAAAAGAACAGGCAUUUGGCAAAAUGGAAUUUCUAAACAUUCCAAAAGCACCUAUAUGGAAGGUGUUCUGCUGAAAUAAAAUACUCCUCCGUGGGGAGCAUGUCCAGCACUAGCUUUUCUACCACUUACAUUCUUGGCUUGACUAGUGAGCAAAGGCACAGCACCGUGGUAAUGUUAGCCCAUGGGUGGUAAUAAGUGUAAAAAAUCCUAUUCGUUCAUCCUAUGAUGCUCGGCAUCCAUGAUUGCUCUGAGGCAAAGACUGUAUUAUGUCUCUUGAAGGGAAACAUUCAAGAAGGAAUGGAGCAAGCCCUCACUCUAAAAACUCAUCACUGCUUUUGCUUAAUGGCACACGCAAUCGAGACCUUGCGCUUAUGAAUCAAGCUUGUUGCUCAGUCCUGGGGCACGUGGCAAAUUUGACAAAAGAGAGCCAGCUCAUCUCUGGGAAUAACCCAGUGAGGCACAAGGUAGAAAAUGAGUGAUCAACUUCCUCAGAGUUCCUGAAUUCGUCAGUUUUACAGAUAAAGGCAUGACUUCUGUGAUCUAUGAUCAAACAAGCUUACAGCCUACAAUGUGAAUAAAGAGAGACAAACGGUAUUGU